AUGAGCGAAACACCUUCAACUAGUUACUCAGUGAAUCAGCCAAACUCUUCUGAUAGUGAACAGAGUUUAUCCACACGCCAUUUCAAUGUUACUGAACCUGUUGUGGCAAAACGGAUUUGCUUCUAUAAGAGUGGAGAUCCCCAGUUUAAUGGGAUCAAAAUGGUCGUUAAUAGCCGGUCUUACAAAACGUUUGAUUCCUUGCUGGAUAGUUUAUCCAAACGGGUCCCAUUACCUUUUGGAGUGAGGAAUAUUAGUACACCAAGAGGGAGACACAGCAUCACCAAUUUGGAGGAUCUUGAAGAUGGAAAAUCUUAUAUUUGUUCCCAUCAGAGGAAAAUGAAGCCUAUCAACUUGGAACAGGCCAGCAAAAAGCCACUGCCCUGGCAGAUCAGCAGGCCUGUCAGUGCUCAUGGAUUUGGCCAUAGAGAAAGAAAAAUAAUAACUCCCAAGAAGAUGCUUGUUUUCAAAAAUGGAGACGUAAGACUUAGGCGCACCAUAGUUUUGGGAAAGAAAAAUACACAAACAUUUGAGGCCUUUCUGGAUCAUAUGAGUGAGUUAAUGCAAUAUCCAGUUGCAAAACUAUAUACCACUGAUGGCAAAAAGGUUCCUAAUCUUCAGGCCCUGAUAUUGUGCUCUGGAGCUGUAGUCGCAGCAGGAAGAGAGCCUUUUAAACCAAGCAAUUAUGAAACUCUUGGGUAUUUACGGCCUGCUAAAUUGCUUGGAAUUGGAAAUCGUGUGUACCCAAAAGCAAAUGCCAAGUCAGAAAGUGAAAAGAUAAGAGGUGAAAUGGACUCUAGCUCAAGAUCUCAGAUAUUCUCAGUUUCUUCUGAUAAAGGAUCCAGCAAUAAUAACAAUUCCAAUGAUAACAACUCAGAUUCUUCAUAUGUCCUUGACAGUCGUAAUGGGAUAGAAGGAAAUCAGUCAGUUAUUGGUGAAGACUUGUCUGUGGCACAGUAUCAAGAUGACAUUGAGAAAUCCGUUCACCUUAAUCAAGAUGGAAGUGUCACAGUGGAAAUGAAAGUUCGAUUCAAAAUUAAAGAGCAAGAAACCAUUAAAUGGACAACCACUGUAAGUCGUGCUGGCCUUUCUGAUGACAAAAAUAUCUCAAUUUGCAAUUCUGCAAUGAAUGCAGAAGACUGUUUAUCCAAUGUAAAUGCAUCAGAAUGUAUAAAUCCACAAGAUACUCCAUUUUUGAACAGCUACAAUAAAGAAGAGGAAGACUCAUUACAGCAAUCCAAUGCAGAAGUGUCAGACAAAGAAUCAGAGUCUGAUUUAAAAACUGCUGAUUGUAAUGUCUCUGAUCAGAACAAUUCUGCAGAUCUAGACACAAGAAAUGUAUCUGAGGAAAAUAUCAGGCCUCGAUUUUACAGGCCUCCCACCCCUGGGCCAAGGCGUGUUAGACAAAAGAAAGCAGUAGUUGAAAGUGUCACCUUGGUAUCUGAGAAAGAGGUUCAAGAGAAGACAAUAGGACAGUUUUCCUACAGUGAAGAAAUAGAGAAUGGAGAAAAAACAUCUGAGUAUUGCAUGGUAGCUCAUUCAAGCAGAAAAAAAUCAAGUGUCAGUAAUCCAAAAUUUAGUGACAUGAAUGGCAAUGGUUUAUUAAAGCUUUCUUCAGAGAAUAUAAAAGAAGAAAUGCUUUUUAAAAUAAGCCACAAAAGCAGUGAUUUAUUAGAAACCAAAGCUAACAUCAGUGGUUUCAUACCAGCAUCAAAAAUUUGCCAGACAGCUAGACCAGGUUCAGCAGAUCACAUCCAUAAGUCAUGUGAUAUUAAACAAAUAAAAAGAUCACUGAGUUCUUUCAUUACAUAUUCAGAAUUAUGUCAGUCAGAAGAAGAAAUAAACUGCAAAGCUGCUGAUUUUAUACCUAUUUCUCAAGAUUCAGUGCAUUCAACCUGUCCUGGACGUAGCCAGAUGAAGGUGACAGUGCCUCCAUGUAGUAAGGGUCCUACUGAGAAAAUAAAUCCUACAACUGAAUUCUUUCCUACUGUUACUGAAAGUGAGAAUCAAAUCAGUGUCCGGACCGAAUCUGUGAUGACAACACAGUUCGUUGAUAACAGUCAAUCUGCAUCAUCCCUCACCAAAAAGAAGAAGAAGAGAAAAUCAUCUGUUUUUUUAGAGCAAGGUAUGUAUGAAAAUCAAAAAGACCAAGACAUUUCAGGGAUAACUAAAAGUGAGGGAAUGCAUAUCACAAGAAAAACCACACAGGAUUCUGCAACAGAGGCUAUGGAUAAUUAUUCUGAAAUGCCUCAGAAAAAAGAAUCUGAAUUUUUCAUGAAAACCAAUGAUGGGUCUGUCAAUUCAGACAAAAGCAUAUGUCCUGAAGAGGAGUUUUAUCAUCAGCAUCCAGUGGAACAAAAUGGAUCAUCAUCUAAUAAAAAAAAAAGAAGUAAUAACAAGAAGUUGACCAAGGUAAAAUUGAAGUCAGGCAAAAAAAGUAGUAUCGUUUCAUCUGAAAAGAGUGAAGAUGGUCUAAUGACAGUUAAUUCAAACAAUGAAUCUGAGCACGGUCAGGACACAUUGAAUACUGAGAAAGAAGGAACAUAUCUUAUAACCAAAUCUUUCAAACAGACACCUAACACAUCAGUGACUUUAAAGCCAUUGUCAGAAGUGCCAAAGAAUCUUAGCUUUGAAAAAGAAAAGGAAAAGAAUAAUUUGGAAAAUUCACCAUCAAAGAAAGAGAAAAAGCAAAAGGCAACCAAGAAAAAUCUAAGUAAAAGUGCAAAGAAGUUAUAUAUGUCAGAGAGUGCCAUUACACUAGAGGCUCUAAACCAGGAGAGUUUUCAAGAGGAGGCUGGUGAACAUUCACUAGAAAACUAUGUCCAGUCUUGGCUGAAAAAAUCAUUAUCAAAUUCUGUCUUACCCCCUAUAAAGAAAAAAGAAGGGACCGUCGAGAACAGCAAUGCGAGUUUUUUUCCUGAAGAAAAUAUCAAUACUUCUAUAGAUAAAGAAGCACGAUUUAUCACAAAUAAAGUGCAUAUGACUGGAAAAAACCAUCUGGUUGAACAUAACCUAACCAAAAAAACUUUAACCCCUAUUGGUGAAUUGAGAGCUUCAGAAGAAUCGGCAAAGAAUUCAGGUGAAACACAAACUGAGUCUUUAAUUCAUGCUAAUACAACUAUAGUAGAAGCAGCCAAGUACUCACUAAAGUCAGAAUUUCAUCAGGACAGUAAGCUACACUUGUUUCAUGAAACACACGACAAUAAUAAAAAGAUGGCAGAAGCUGAUAUUCAAGAUACCAACCUAUGUCAAAGAAAAAAAUCUGAAGUUGCUGUUCAAGUUAACAGCACAAUUGUUAAUGAGAAAAUUGGAACUGAUGUUCAGAAUAAUUGCAUGUCUAGCAUGUUGCUGAAUGAACUACAGUCAACUUUGCUUGGUGUCCAGAAAGAGCAUAGUGGAUGUAUAGGAAAAGCUUGCAGCCUUUCAGAUCUUUCUCCUUCAGGUUUUGGUUCUUCCUCCAACAUCCUCCUAGCUUGGCUACUGGUACUGAAUCUGAGAGAGAGUUUGAUUGGGACAAUCACAGAUGAUAUGCAAAAAACUGCCUGUAGCUGUUCUGAAAUAUUUACACAGUUACAACAUCUGAAACAAACUACAGUUACAGAAAAAGCUGAUGAGGUGAAGGCUGUCUUCUCGCAUUUUCAACAAUCAACAGAAAAUAAUUUAUUACAUUUCAAGAGGGAACUUGACAAGGAGGACUCCCCACAUUACCAUGAGAAUAUACCCAUAUCUGAAAUUCGAAGUGGUAUACAUUUGCAUGAACAUGAAGAAUCAGUUGAGCCUUGUAUUCCAAUGGACAGUGUCAAUUCUGAAGCAGCUCUAAAAUUAUCUGGGGAAUUAGAAAGCUGUUUUGAUAUACAGAAUGAUCUUUGCAGAGAAACAGAGAUGUUAGACUUGAUUGCUCCCAAAACACAGCUAGAUGGUCAAUAUUCCAAUACUGAUUCAAAUAUCUGUAGCCUCGCAUCAGCUUUAGAGACUCCUGAAAGAAAUGAAGAAAUGCCGUAUAGCCUAUAUGAAAAAUCACAAGUUAAACCCAGUGAUGCAUCAUUUACUAAUGAAGAGUCAGAAACUUCAGUAGAACCUAACUCAACAGUUCAUAGUGUAACUUCUAAUGAUAAAAAUUGUAUUUUAGAUCAGGAUAUUUCUGAAUUAGAAGGUGAAAAAGAUAUUCUACAUGUUACUACUGAUAAAAGUGAAGAUGAGGAUGUUGAUCUGAAGUCAUCAGGUGAUGACAAAACCUCCAAAAAACAACUUAAACUUGCUGCCGAUACCUCUGUAGAAUAUAAUAAUGAGGAUUAUUCUAUACAGGAUGAAAAGGAAGAUGCAGAAACUUCUGAGGAAAGCUCUGAGAGAUUAUCUACAGUCUCUCCAUUAUCAUUUCGUUAUGAAUCAAAGCAAAUAACAGAAUGUGACACGAGCGAAGGAGAACAGAAAUUGCAAGUAGAAGAACUGGGGAACAAAACGUGUUCAGACACUUCUCAAUUCAAAAAAUGCUUUAAAAGUCCUGCUACUUCAGACUGGUCAGAUUACAGACCAGAUAGUGAAGAGAGUGAAUAUAACUGUCAAGCAUCCAGUGACUUGACCAAUGAAAGUGGGGAGGAAGCAGCACUUGAAAAACAGUAUAAUACUGGCUAUGUAAAAAGAACUAUUGAACGGCUUUACGGCAAAACAGAAGCUUCAUUUAAACCUGACUAUCACAAAGGAUUUCCUUAUAUGUCAAAAGUAUUUCAAACAGAUACGGAAGGAUUCCACUCUGCAGUGGGAGAAAAAAUAGUUUAUUUUUCUCAAGAAUCUAUGUCUUGUUCUGCAGAGAAAUCAUCACAUUCUUCUCUACCAUUACAAGAAUAUCCAGUAAACACAAACAAAGAUGGCAGUAUAUUGAGAAGAGAAAAUACUUCUUUACCAACAUCACAGUCUACUUUUAACAGAGAAGAGAUAAUUUGUACUAAUGACUGUAUAAGGGAAUCUCCAAAGCAACACUGCCAACCUAGCAUACAAGCUAGUGAAGAUGAAGGAAUAUUGAUAGAUAAAGGCAAGUGGCUUCUCAAAGAAAAUCAUUUGAUAAGAAGAUCACCACCUGAGCGGAUUGGAAUGUAUGGUAAUUUGGAUACAACGUCAAAUGAUACUAACAGUGAUGAAGUUCCAUACUCUCACUUUGGAAAUCUGAAUCAGUACCCAGCCCUCCAUGAAAUCUCUUCUUCAGAACUCGAAGACAUGAUUAAACCCCCUGAAAAUCUUUGCAACUACUUCAAUAUGCCUCAUAAUAGUGAUUCAGACCCAUUACAGGAUGAGUUAAAUACGAAAAGCAAACCUAGUCGGAAUGGUAAGAUCCUUCCUGCAGAAAACAAAGAAAAGGUCAAACCGUCAGUCAUGGCAGCUUCUACUUCCACACAGGCUGAUACCAAUUUUCCGGCAUUUUCAUCUGUAGAAUUUAGAAUGCCUGAUAACAAAGUGCAUCCAUUGGAAAAGCCUUUAAAUGCUGAACCCGUACAGUCUCAGCCAACUGAUGUUAGUGAUGCUAACAGAAGUGCUCUUCAGGAAGAAGACUCUCUGGAUAGACUCCAUGCUAUAUGUGGCCAACAUUGUCCAAUACUGAUGGUAACAGUAAUACCAAUUAACGAGGAACAGAGAGGAUAUGCCUACCAAAAGGCAUCUGAUAUUGAAAACCAGCUGGGUCCACACUUGCUGUCCAAAAAGAGCAAAUAUUUAGAAUGGUCAGGUGAAGAUUUAACAGAUAAAAUUAAUCAUGUGACUUUGAAGAAUAACUCUAUCAAUAAGAUUGCCAAUAACAUUUUUAAUAGGUUUUAUGCUGAUAACACCUUAGAUUUUAUUAGUAACUUUGGAAUACUUGCACCUUCAACUCUGAAAGACACAAAUAAUUUAGGGAAGUUACAUACUACAGAGGAUAUCAAUCUCUAUAUGCUGAGUGUGAUGCCUUAUGGUAUGGAAUAUCCAUUUGGACAGUUGGGGGUGGCUGUCGCAGUUGUGUCCCCUUGA